GAAUGUUUAGUCUUUAGUUACCUUCGCGAUACUGUUAAGAGCUGUAUGUACACCGCAAUGCGCUAAGCAACUCAAACCGUUAGUCGCGCAAAUAAAGUACCUACAUACCUAUCAACCUGUUCGUUUUAUAGCAAAGGAGAGUAAGAUACAAGUUCUGUUUCUUUUUAAAACCAUCUACAAACUUGUAGAUACUUUUUAUUUUCUUCUUGAUGUGAAUACUUAGUUAUGCAUGCAUCAGUGUGUCGUCCGCCUAAAGAACUGAAUUAAUACUCGUUUGAUUCAAAAACUUGAUUCUAGUUAUGCACAAGUGUCGUGAGUUCUGAGCUUAACGAAUCAGAGCUAGCUCCGUUCGUAUACAUAAAUAUAAUAAAAAAAAAGAAGUUAAAGAAGAACAUCACGGUGAUACUUCUUCUCAUAAAGGCUUAUCCCGUUUUAAAAGCCGGUAUCCUUAUAAAGUGUAGUGAAUGGAUGAACUUGACAAAACUGGGCCAAUCCACACGAGAGACCGAAAGAGAGAGAAAGAGACGUACCACCACCCAACUCAAAAUCAAAAUCAGAUAAAAACCGCAUUUUUUCUGUAAACUAUACAAAUCACAUCUUGAAGAUACUCUAUGCAUGCUUGAAUUUCCUCAUUUCAUAACAACAUACGAGUAUCAUAUAACGGAAAAGGCAAGACGCAUCUUUGGCCAAAGUUCGUAGAGAAUUUUACGAUACUCAAACUCUCGCAAAACAAACAGGAAAUCUUUGAUUGAAAUUUGUAUCUCGAAUGAUACUCCAGAGUGUAUUUAAUCCAAAUAUAGAAAAGAUAUUUUUAUUUUUUUUUUUCAAAAGAAAACUUAAGAUACUGUGAAAUCAAACAAUCUAUGUGCAUACAUUGAAAGUAUUUUUAUUAUAUUUUUUUAAAUUCAUUCACCUGAUUUUGUUUUGAAAAUCUUUAUUUUCUUUUUGCGUUUUUAUACAUACUCGUACCUACCUACAUUUUUAUGCCAAAGAUAAAAUGGAAUUGUUAUAGGCUUUUUGCAAUAAAGUGUAUUCAAAGUGCGAAUCAAAUCAAUCCAUUUUAUAGAUAGUUUUGUAUCUUUUACACCACUUUUUCGUUCAUCUAUCAAUACAAUAAUGCCAUCGACAACAACAACAACUUGCAUCGAUAUAAACGGUGGAGUAGCUCUACUUACAACCAACUCCAAAGAUAUCCCAAAAGAAAACCUCAAGAGAUACCACAUAAGUGAAAUGCCUUCUUCGCAGACCAUUUCUUUUACAAACACAACAAUGAGUGACUUGAAACCAGCACCAUCACCAUCAACAUCACCAUCGCUAGCACUACCAUCAUCAACGGAGGAAAGCCCCACUUCUUUGGUGCUAAUGCAAGUUAAGAAAGACAACUUUAAAGAAGAAGGAGAAGAAAAUUUCGAUCGGCCAUCUUCACAGAUAGGAGAAGAAGAUCGUAAAAUUCGCGGGACGGAAUUGGGAAUCGUAGUUGAAGAUGAUAAUGAUGUUAAUUUGGCGACAACGAAGAAGUCCAAGACGACGAAGACGAAGACAGAAUUUACAACGAAGACGAUGAAAGUGGAGCCAACGAUCAUUAGCGUUGGUAAAGGUAAAAAAACAAAUAUAGUCAACGAAGAUGACGGUAUAGACGUGGAUGAAAAUAGUAUUAGUUGUAUCUUACCAUCUCCAUGCACCACUACCGAUUUUUCUGCUAACGCUGCUGCUACCAAUGUUUCCCCAGUUUCACAAAUCGAGAUUAUUAACCAUAGUCAAGAACUAGUAACAGAUUGUGCAAGUGCAGUGACCGAAUCAGUUUCAUCCACGGAAAAAGACUUUCAUGUUGUUAAAAUAAAAGUUUCGCCGGAAUCGGAAAUACAAAAGAUUGAAUCUGCCGUAAAUAAUAACAAAAUCGAUCAUAAUCCAAGUGUGGUGAAAAAUAAAGUGACGGUUGUGAAUUUGAGUUUGACAGAAACGGAUAGUGGUGAAAAUAAUAAUCAAAAACAGCUGCUAAAGCUUAAUAUCGAUAAGGAUAUCAGUGAAAAUAAAGGAUCAUCAGAUAGCACUAUGGUCCAGAAGUCUAAUAACAGUGGUGCCUCAGUUACCGACUUGAAUGUCAGCAAUCCGACUUAUUUAUACUAUAUGAUGAGUAGUGGUCAAUUUUCACCAAGUGACACUCUAGAUAGUGGCACUUGCAGUGACAUGGACAAUGGCAGCAGCACUACAAAUUCCACUACACCACCGCCACUGCCGAAAAAGUCAGCUCCAAAACUUGAGAUGCACUUGAAGACCACUAAGAUCCUAAUGAAGGAUAACAAUCAUCGUCCGAGAAGUGUUUUGCAUGAACAUCAGAGAGCUGGUUCCCUGACGGAUAGUGAGGAAAGUGAAUCGAGUUUGAGUUGUGAGUCGUUGAGUUUGUCCGAAGGACUUCCAUCGAAGUUAUCCUUCCUUCCGGAUUCACUACUUCGAGACAUUCGUGAUCGAAAGGUUUCUAAAAUGCCAUCGUCGCUAAAGUCGUCAUCGUUGUUGUCUUCGUCAUCGUUGCUCCCAUCAUCGAAUGGUGGAGGAGGUUAUUCGACAAAAAUAGAUUUCAAAUAUGCCGCCGUUGAUUUGAAUAAUGAUAACAAUAAUGAUAAAUUAUUAAAUGAACGCAAUACAAACAACAAUAAUAAUAAUAUUAAUAAUAAUAAUAUCAAAUUCGAUACUAACGGAAGCUAUCGCAAAGAUAACAAUAAGAGUUGUGUAAUAAUUAAAGAAGGUUCGUAUUCAUCGUCGUCGUCUUCGUCGUCGUCGUCGGUUGGUUCAAUGGAAUCGCGUAAAUUCGAAAACGAUAAAUAUUAUACAUUCCAUGUGAAUGAACAUGAUUUCGGUGGUAGUCUAGUCGACGAGAGUGAUGAACCAAAAAGUUUAAGUGAUGAUGCCUUUGCUGGUUAUAAGGAUAUUCGCAGCCCAUCGUCAGCCACAUCGACAAUACGGAGCUCCAAGGGAACUGUACGUGGAGUAAAGAAUCGUGUUCGAAAUGGGAUUGCUACUUUCUUGCAAUUGCAACAUUCAAAUGUUAAGAACUACAAAGAAAAAGAUCUCGGCAAAGUGGUUCUCUACACAACAAGCAUGGGAAUCAUACGCGAAACCUAUGCGAAAUGUUCCAAUAUGAAACAAAUCUUACGAACACUUCUGGUUAAAUUCGAGGAACGUGAUGUCUUCAUGAGUACAGAAUAUCAACAGGAAAUUAAAGAACGGAUGCAAUCACAUGAAAUUAAAGUACCUCAGCUUUUUGUCGAGGGUCAGCAUAUUGGGGAUGCAGAUCACGUCGAACGUUUAAAUGAAUCCGGAGAACUACGCCAGCUUUUGAAACCCUACAAGUCAAUUUCAUCAACAUACACAUGUCAAACCUGCGGUGGCUAUCGUCUCCUGCCUUGUCCAUCUUGCAAUGGUUCCAAGAAAUCUGUUCAUCGAAAUCAUUUUACAGCUGAAUUUGUUGCACUUAAAUGCAUGAAUUGUGACGAAGUUGGAUUGGUUAAAUGUCACAACUGCUAAUAUUUAUAAGUUUAUACAGAUAUUCAAAUAUAAAUAUAACUAUUAAAUAGCAAUAUCAUUAUUUAUUACAAACAAACAAAAAAAACUAGGAAAACGUUUAACUAUACUAAUUUAUA